AACAAUAUGGCGACCAAACUUGUUUGAGUUAUCUCUUUUCGUCUCAAACCAAACCUAUCAAUGUAAAUUAUUGGUCUCGCCUUAUAAUAGAGUUUAAUAUUGAGAAUAGAUUUUUCCAUUCUCUUCUGACGUAUAUUAUGUGAAGACUUUUGUCAAAACUUGGUGUUUGCUUUGCCUUUGUAAUCAACCAAUUAUUUUAAUCUGAUUGUGAUUGAGCUGAUUGUUGUAAUCAAUGAACCAGUAUUCUCAUAUGGAACUCACACUUUAUGGCACGACGUGUCUUUUAAAAUCAUGUGAACUGAAUAUUUUAACAGUAUCCCCGUCAAGUAACUAUUCCAUUAUGAUUAUCUGAUUGUCUGGCCAGUGUGAGUGGGUCUUCCAUUUUUUGUUUGUUUGGGGUUUAGGCUAGGCCUCUAGAUCUAGAUCUAGUAAUCAUUUUAAGCUGUGAAAAAUGAGUAAACCCAGCAAGGCAGGAAAGCUGAAGAUAGGAAGGGAUAAGCCUAAGAAAUACAAGAGACGUCCUGAUGCAUUUUCCAUUCGAGUCAUUGUUGCACCAACUGAGGAAGUCUUUAGUGUGGAUGAUGUUUAUAAUGACAUGACAGUAGCACAGCUAAAAGAUGACUUGGAGUUUGCAACUGGAAUUCCAGUUACCAUUCAAAGACUGAGCUACCUCGAUGAUGGAGAACUACAGGAUCACACUACGAUCCGAGGCAAUGACUUUGUACCAGGUAGCACGGUACAGCUCAGGGUCUGGCCCAUGUAUCAAGAGCUGAUUGAAGCUAUUGUUGCUGAUGAAAUUGAUUGGGUAUUUAGACUGGGAGUCACGAACCCCUCUGAUUAUCACACUCCGGCCAGCGACUACAUGACCAAGAGGUCAAGAAAAGCCUGGUUGGAAGAGCGAGCAUUCAUAGCUCUUUGUCUUGCAUCACAUAGAGGGCAUGAAGAAUUAGCAGUUCGACUCAUUGAAAAUGGUGCAGAGAUAAACAGAACAACACCCACUGGCAAGACACCCCUGCACUUAGCCUCAGCAAGGGGACAUGGAGAACUAGUUAACACGCUGCUCCAACAUGGUGCUGACAUCAAUGCUGAAGAUCAAAAUGGGAACACAGCCUUAUCAGUGGCUGAGAGAUUUGGCAGCAAAGUUUGUUCCCGCUACCUCUUCCAAUUCCAGUGGCAGGAGAGAGCUAAAGAUGUAAAGCCUUCGAAAAAGGGUCACUCUCUCAUGUAUGAAGGACAAAGAAAGGUUCCUCUGUUUGCCCACCAGUACCAUGACUCCAGUUUCCCUGUCUGGAAACGAGGUGCUUCAGCUCAGAUCUACGUCCAGAAAAUACUCAAGCCUGGAGAGUUUGAAGGCACGGCUCUCAGUGCUCCCAAAGGAGGCAAGCAUCCUUCUAUAGUGAGGAAGCACAUCAGAAAUGCAACAUUUUUCCGUGACUCGCCUGACAGCAAUGCCUCUGAGCUAGACGACUACUUCCCUGAUGAGACCGGAGUUUCUCUACCACCCAUUCAUAAAAAGAAGAAAAUGAACUUGAAGAGACCUUUGACAUAUGCUGAAUGGCUGGAAAAACAGAGAGAGAUUGAGAGAAAGAUUGCCCUGGAGAAGAAAAUCCAGGAUGAAGAAGACAUGAAAAAGAAAUUGGAGGAGGAAGAGAGGAAAAAGGAAGAGACGGAAAAGCUGGGCUAUGAGAAGUGGUUGGCUCAGCGCGAACAGGAGAGACUGGAGAAGUCGCCGCGUCACUCGUCCCCGGUGAAGAACCCGUCCACUGUGCCAGACACCAGCAGCAUGCUACCCCUGCACCACGACGGCGCCUUGAGACAGUACCUGCGGGGUCUGGGCCGCUCAAAGGCCGGGGUCAACUAUGAGGACUGGCUGGACCAGAAAGAAAUGGAGAUCAACCAUCUGGUCCGACAGAUGGCAGUACAAGCUCCGGUUUAGAAAAGUUUUGCCAUCAUGGUCAUAACAAAGUUGCUGGUUUCUAGUAAAUGGUAUGGUAAAAAUACUCGUUACUUGUUUCGUAUGCUUAAUAAUAAUAUAACCAGGCUUUCAUUUAGUGAACUAAAAUCAUGAGCACUGUUUUUUUUAAUAAGGUUUCCUCAAAACAACAAAUUGAGGCAUCAUGGUGAAAUCAGGCGCUUGUCA